AUGGUAAAACGAAAAGAUGAACUGGAAAUUCAACUUAAGGACGAACAUCAAUUGAUUAAAGAGGGUCAGUUGAAAGAUGAUAGUCCUCUUGACACCAGUCCUGAAUUCCAAGAGCUUUGCCUAGCUAGUCGAUUAGGGGAUGUUAAGAGAUGUCAGCAAGCAAUUACUACUCCCGGAAUCAAUAUCAAUGCUAGAGAUUUGUUUGAUUAUACACCAUUGAUCUUGGCAAGUCUUUGCGGACAUUAUGAUGUUGUUGAGCUACUUCUCGAAGCCGGAGCUCUUUGUGAACGAGAUACAUUUCAAGGAGAGAGAUGUUUAUACAAUGCAUUGAACGAUCGAAUUCGAAACCUUCUGUUAAAGUACGAAUAUUCGAAGUCGAGAGAUCCAUUACAACCAUUCGCUUCUCAUAUCACUUCUCUUCUUUCCAAACAGACACCUGAGACUUCGGAUAUUACCAUCACAGCCGGAUUAGAAUCAUGGAAUUUACACAAGAUGAUACUUUCUGCAAGGUCACCAUAUUUCCAAGGAAAGCUUUCUGCGGUCUCGGAGACAACUUUGUGGAAAUUUCCCUCAUCAGUACCAAUAGAAUCUUUACAGGCUACAUUUCGUCAUUUAUACAUGGGAGAAGUAUCUUCGGACCUUGGACUCAAAUACAAUAGUUCUGUGAAUGAGGUGGAUGUUUUCAAGGGGAUUGAAAAGCUCGGCAAGCAGUUCCAGCUGAAUAUGGAUUCAUUAUGGGAAGGGCCUCUAAGUGGACGUGAUCAGAGGAUGGCUCGACAGAGGCGUCAGGAUGAAGUUUCAAGAGGAAGGGACCAGAUGGAGUACUGGUAUCGAGAACAUGUUUUGAAGCACAAGAUACAUAUCGACAGUGUAAAGGCUAAGGAUGUAAAGUGGACUAAGGAUAAUGCCAUCUUUGCGGACGUCUUGUUGCAGGCAGACGAAGAUUUAGUAGCGGAGGAGGCUUUGAGCUCUAGACCAGAAACGCCAAUAGGUAACAGAAGUGCUUCUUCGAAUGAUAUACCUGUGGGUCCAACAAGCUCAUUAUCAUACGCCACAUCAACUAGUCAACCUCGAAAAUCAAUGCUCUACCCAGCCCACCGAGCCAUGCUUAUUCGAUCAGAAUACUUCCACACCAUGUUUAGUUCAGCAUUCUUAGAAGCUCAACCUAGUGAAUAUUUGCAUGUCAUAACGGUCGAUUGUUCCCCUGCUGUCCUAGAGCUUCUUCUCGACUACUUUUAUACAGACAACGUUGAUAUCCCACUUGAUCUUGCGCUGGAUGUUCUUUUCGCAGCUGAUACAUUUUUCAUUGAGAGACUCAAAACCAAAGCUGCGGUAGUAAUCAGUACUCUUGGAAUGGGUACGGGUACGCUAGCAGAUCCUACACAAAACAAGACUCCUGAAUCAAAUGUGGAGCUCAUCAAUCCUUUCGAUGUUAUGAGAGCUGCAUGGUUGACGAGAGUUCAAAAACUAGAAGAAACCUGCGCUAAAUACUUGGCAUACAAUUUGGAAUAUUACAUUGAUGACCCAGAGUUUGAGGCGGUGAUCAAGGAGAGUGCAGCUAGGAUUGAAAAGAGACAGGAGACUGACACUAUUGAAUUACUUGACGAUAUUCGCUUCUAUCUCUCCGAAAGAUUCCGACUUCGAUUUGAAGACUCUGGUCUAGAAGAAAUGAUGAGUGAAGACGUGGAUGAGAACGGACAUGAAGCUCUUGCUCUUGACUCAACGAUGAAUGGACAGAUCAGAACUCUCAAUGGCGAGAUCGCCGGUGAUGAGUUCGCCGCAGAUGCCAUGAACUACCAGACAUUACUUGGAAAGAUAGAUACCUUGUUAGAACGAUUGAACUUGGAUGCCUAG